AUGUUUCGCCGUGUUUUAGCCUUAGUGCCGCUCUUAUCUGCCACAGCGCAAGUUCGACUGAAGCAUAAUUCCAACCCGGAUCCGAUCCCACAGCCAAACUCGUUUCUUUCCGAUACCAAUUCCCAAAGUGGUUCGAUCCCGUCGAAAACGGGCGUGGAAAGCGUGCAAGUCACGCGGUUGCAGGACGGUGCCCGGAUUAUCUCGCACGAUGUGGGUGGAGCCGUGGCUUCGAUUGGGGCAUAUAUCCUGGCCGGGCCGGUCUUCGAAUCCGCCAAUUGCCCUGGCUUAGGUGCCAUGCUGCAGUCCGCGUUUGCCAUGCACGGCUCCAAACAAGCCGAUCUCCUUGGGAAUCGGGCCGCUGGGGGUGACGGGCUUUACCCUAGGGUUCACAAAUACUAUAUCAAUCUGCAUGUGAACUGCCGCAGGGAUGAGUGGCAUGCCUACGACCUAUCCCACAGCACGGCGGAGGAACGCGCGAAGAUAAAGUCGAAGUGGGUGUGGUCGUUGCCCAAGACGAGCCCGGUUCGCGAUAUCAUUAUGAUGAGCCUCACCAAACCGCCCUUGUCGGAAGCCGAGGUCAAUGGUCUCAGCAGUUCGGCGGAUGCACGAUUAAAGGAAUUACGGUGGCAGCGGCCGACCGAGUAUGCCAAGCUAGCGCUUGAAAGGGUUGCUUUUUAUUUAGAACCGCUGGGCAGUCCACGCUACGUGCCCGUGGAGAAUGCCCCUAAUCUUACAUUUCAAGUUCUUCGGGAGCACUAUGACCGCUACACCGCCCCUCCCCGAAUCAUCAUUGCGGGCGUUAAUGUCGAUCAUGAUGCCCUAAUCAUUGAAUACGAGAAUGCCCUUUCGAAAGAUUCCAAACCGUCUGCGGAGUCGCCAAGCGCGCCGGUGGGUGAAGAUGGCGUAGACAUCAACACGGAAGCAAGGCAGUACACGGGAGGUGAGCUCCACGAUCACGAGGAUCGCGCUAAGGCUAUCCUCACAAAGCCCUUUAUGGAUACUGAAACUAUUUGUGCGGUGGGAUGGCUUGCUUUCGGACGCACUAGUACGCAACUGAGGCGAUACGCCUCGUCUCUCGUCACCAAGGCACUCUUAGAUGUGGUGCUCACGAAUGAUCUGCGUUACAACACCGACGAUGCGCGCGCCCAAAGCGCUGUGCAAGCAUUUUAUACUACCUUUUAUUCAGCGGGGCUACUGGGUCUUACACUCACCUCAAGGCCUGAACAGGCACCGAAAAUGUUUUUAGAUGUUGUGAAAUUAGUACAAGAUAUGAAAAACCCGUCGCAGGAAGCAGUCAAUGUCGCCAAGCUCAACGCAAGAGUUUCCUUUCUUAACGAGAAUACCGUAAAUGUUCAAGACUACUGUGAUUUUCUCUGCAACAGUUUAUUCUCGAAGUCAGACUCAACAAUGGUGAUAAGUCUUGAUGAGGUUUUGCAGGCCAUCGAAUCUGUUAGUAUUGCAGACGUUAAGGAGGUAAUAGAUAUGAUGCUUAGUCACCCAACAUCUUUCUACGGACAUGGUGAAAUGCUCACCUUUCCAUCCAUUCGUCAGUUGGGAUUGUAG